CACGAACCGAUGAUAGACAGAAUCGAAGCGCGAUGAGAAAACAUGGCAGCCUAGAAAAGGAUGAAGAGACGAACCAGGCUGCAUGGGAAGCGGCGGGAGGCGCAGUCAAAGGUGCUACCAAGUGGGGUGCUUUCUUCCUUGUAGCUGGUGGUGUUGCAUAUACCUUCUCGCCGCUAUACCGGGGUCUUACAAUCCAGUUCAGAACAUACAUCCAAAUGUCCGGCAUGAUUCUUGGCGGCUACCUCGAAGCUGAGAGUCGCAUGGUUGCCUACCAACACCACAUCAGGAACCAAAAGCGACUGGCGAGGGACAUGGAGGUUUGGCGACGGUAUGAGAAUGUUUACGAGGAGAAGGGGACGCCCGGGGUCGGGAGUGAGAGUGGUGUGCAUGGCCCGGACGGGAAGGAGCCGAGUGCCUGAGACAUGCUCAGAUGGGUACUCUAGAG